UUUAUACGUGACAGCCAGCACCUUUUCCUUGUGAAUUUAUCUUAUCUUUUACAUCUGUGCGAAGUUGUUAAACUCUAUCCCUCUUCUCACUUUUCUGAAAAAUCAGUUACAGCAACAAUGGCGAUCGUAGAAGCGGCCUCCAAAUCCGAUUCGCACCUCAUUUUCACAUACGGAACCCUAAAGCGCGGAUUCCCCAACCAUCGCCUGAUGGAAAAUCUAAUCAGCGGCGGCAACGUCGUCUUCAUCGGCGAGUACACAACGGUAGAGACCUUCCCACUCUGUUGCGGGCCCUACGGAAUCCCGUACCUGAUUAACAUCACCGGAUCUGGUCACCGGAUUCGGGGCGAGCUCUACAAGGUGAAUAACAGUGGGCUAGGACCACUGGAUGAUUUGGAAGGGAUCGAGAUAGGUCACUACGAGAGGCUGCCAGUGACCGUCGUUGGUGACGGCGGUGAGAUGGUGAUGGCGGAGGCGUAUUUCGCACAUAGGAGCUUUGGGGAAGGGAUGUGGAAGAGGUGUGGAGAAGUAGGGAUUGAGGAGUUUAGUAUGGAAUUAGGGAAGAAAUAUGAGAGGAAAGAAAAAAGGCCUUCCAAUCACGAUUUUCUUCAAGAUAUCAGAAAUUUUAUCUCCAAUGGUGAUUGAGAUUGUGAUUUUCUUUUUUCUGGCAAUAUUAUAUCAUUGUGACUGGUGCUAUCAUUUCUAUUGCAAAAAUGUUUUAAAUAAUUUCUUACUA